CACAAAACUAACUCCACCUCACUUGAGCACGUGCUCUCGUCCUGUCGAGGAGGCUAUAGUUCUCAAAAAUAGCAGAUUUUUAUUGUUGUUUCAAGACAGUGGAUUGUUUUGCUGCCGACACUAAAACAUAUUUCAAUCAGAGGAGAAAAAAAGUUUACCUUUUUGUGGAAAGUUAUUCAAUUUGUGUGAAAUAUUCCAUUGAGAUGAAUUUCAUUUUGAAGGAAGUGUUACUAAACAAAAAUAGAUAUGUUUCUAAUGAAUCUCACUGAAUAAGUCUUGUGCUUUAAAACAUCAUAUUAGGCAUCUUUUGGUGCAUUAUUAAAAUGGUAUAAAUAUUAUUAAAGUUUCCAAAGAGUAAAAAAUGGACCUUAGUGAAAGAUAACUGUUUGGAUAUAUAUGGGAUAUAUUUCAUAUACAGCUUUAAAAUAAAAAGAAAGAAAAGUACCUUAUAAAAUUUUAUUUCUUAGAAAAUAUUUUAUUUCUGGAAUCUGGAAUUCAGAGUCAAUUUUAAUUGGUGAUUACGUAUUUAGAUAACAAAAUUGAUGUGAAGCUGGUCGAUAAUAUAGAUCAAAUAGACUAAUGCUCUAGAUUAAAUAAAAAAAAGUAUAUUACAAUAUAUUUCUUGGGUAGUGUAAUGCUUGAGAUUGGCUAAAUAAGGACAUAUGAAUUAUCUAGCAAAAAACAUCUCUACUUUUGGAUGACGGCCAAUUUUAUGUAGGUUUCUUGGAGUAGAUUUAAGAGGAUCAACAAGUGGUUUUUUGGCAACAUUAUCCGGCAUAAAGAAUGUAUACUGGGAAAUUGUGCAGGUUCCUUAAUGCAGUAAACGUGCUGAUUUUACUGGCAAGAAUAGGAGUAGUUGUCAGCUUUGAUCUUGCUGCACCAACAUUUUCAAUGGAACCGCCUUAUCUAGUGGAGUUUUACAAUACAAAUGGUGUAGAAAUACCUUGUUCUGCUCAUGGUCGCCCUAGCCCGCACGUCAGUUGGGUAAGGCGUGUUGGAUCUGUUGUUGAGGAUAUACCAGGACUAAGACAUUUGAAACCCAAUGGUUCAAUGGUGUUCUUACCUUUCGGCCCUGAAGAUUACCGACAGGAUAUUCAUGCAUCUAUUUAUCGAUGUAUUGCAUCUAAUAUUGUUGGUACUAUUGGAAGCAGGGAUGUUCAUGUAAGAGCAGUACUGAGCCAGCAGUAUGAAGUGAGAGUGUACGAUGAAUUUGUAAUUCGAGACAACACAGCUGUCCUCAAGUGCUAUAUCCCGAGUUUUGUGAAGGACUACGUGACAACUACCGCUUGGUUCCGUGACGAUGGAUUGGUAAUUCACUCUGAUGGGACACAAGGUGGAAAGUACAGUGUUUUUCCAUCGGGCAAACUUCACAUAAGAGAUUCAAAACAACAAGAUGGAUUUAGAAGCUAUCGGUGCCAAACAAAACAUCGCUUAACGGGGGAAACAAAACAAAGUUCUGCUGGGAAGCUUAUAGUUACUGAAUCACACAGUACAGUACCACCAAGAAUAACACACAGAGAAGAGGAGGUGAAAGUACAAUUAGGGGAAAUAGCUUUUUUACCCUGUGCUGCAGAAGCAUAUCCAGUUCCCACGCAUAAAUGGUAUAAACAAGAAUCAGGAAGAACAACACCCAUAUCGUCAAGCCAAAGAAUAUUUCUUAUGGGAGGAACAUUAGUUUUCCGCAGAGCAAUUGUAAUGGACAGUGGAAAAUACGUGUGUCUUGUUAAUAAUAGUGUGGGACAGGAAAGAAUUGAGACAGAUCUAGUUGUAGUGGUUCCCAUUCAAGUGAGGGUCAGUCCAUCACAGCAAACAAUCUCAGUUGGCCAAGCUACACAUUUCAAUUGCACUGUUUCCGGCUUCCCUCUCUAUGGAGUUACUUGGACCAAGAAUUUGCGACCAGUGGUAACCAAUGAGAGAGUGAGAGUAUUGGGAACAGAUGUCUUGUCCAUCAACUCUGUGAUACGUGACGACAGAGGUGUCUAUCAAUGCUUCGCCCAUAACCACUUUGAUUCUGCUCAAGCAUCUGGUGCUCUGUUACUAGGAGAUGAACCACCAUUAUUAGAAGAGCUAUUUUCUGAUAAAACAGUGUAUCCUGGAGUUUCAGUUUCGUUGAAAUGUAUGGCAACUGGCAGCCCUUUACCACAAGUAACUUGGAAGUUAGACUCAUUACCACUUCCUGAACAGUUACGUUUUAGAGUUGGUGAUUACGUCACAAGAGACAGCAGAGUAGUCAGUUACGUUAAUAUCACGAGUAUUCAAGUGGAGGAUGGUGGUCUAUUUUCUUGUAAAGCUACAAAUGAAGUUGGGACUGUGAUUCAUUCAGCAAGAGUAAAUGUUUUUGGCCCACCAACGAUUAGACAGAUGCCAAAUGUCACUGCUUUGGCGGGUGACAUUACUAUUCUACCAUGCCCGGCCGGAGGGCACCCUUUAUCAAGUAUAUCUUGGACAAGAGAUUCAAGAGUGCUACCCCAAAAUCACAGACAACAGGUGUUUCCAAAUGGCACAUUGAUUAUCAGAGAAGUAAACAAGAAAGCGGAUGAAGGAAAAUAUACUUGUAUCGCUGAAAAUAAAGACGGUGAUCGCUCUCAAAAAGACGUGUUUGUUCAAGUCAUGGUUGGACCAAAGAUUGAACCAUUUAAUUUUCCCAAUAAUCUUGAAGAAGGAAUGCGUUCUUUAGCUACUUGUGCAGUACUCUCCGGCGACCCACCAAUCACAAUUCAAUGGCUGAAAGAUGGUUCUGAUAUUCCAUCAGAGCUUCAAGCAAGGAUAGAAAUGAUUGAUGAGUAUUCCGCAUUUUUAAGAUUUACCGCCGUUGGACCGCAUCACAAUGGGAACUACACCUGCGUUGCAAAGAAUCCGGCAGCUACCGUGAACUACACAGCUUCCUUGGUUGUUAAUGUCCCUCCCUUCUGGAGAUCUCAACCAACUGACCGAUCUGCAGUGAUGGGGGAAAGUCUGACUGUAGACUGUCAAGCUAACGGAUUCCCCGUGCCUCAAGUCAGAUGGAAAAAAGACUACGGUCUGAGUGGUAGAAAUGAAUACAGAACCAUUAUCAGCAAUCCUCAUAUUCAGACAUUAGAGAAUGGGUCGUUGGUGAUCACAGAAGUGGAACUUGCCGAUGCUGGACUUUAUAUGUGCCAGGCGACUAAUGGAAUCAGCCCUAGCCUUAGUGCUGUCGUUAAGCUCACAGUUCAUGUUCCAGCUCAUUUCCGUGUAAAAUUCCAGUCAUCAACUGUUCGAAAAGGGGAAACUGUGCAUCUUAUUUGUAGUGCAUUUGGAGAAAAGCCAAUCAAUCUCAUUUGGACGAAGGAUAGACAAAUUUUUAAUAUGAGAGCUGAAUCAAGAUAUAGUGAAGUUCAAAAAGAACAAGAAGAUGGUAUGGUUUCUGAAGUGACUAUCAUAUCAGCUGACAGAAGAGAUUCCGCUCUAUUCAGCUGCACAGCUUCAAAUGAAUUUGGAAGAGAUGAGACAAAUUUUCAAGUCGUUGUACAAGAACGCCCUGACAGUCCCAGAAACUUGGAAAUAAAAGAGUUAACAAGCAGAACUGUAACUUUAACUUGGGUGCAACCAUACAGUGGAAAUUUACCUUUAACACGAUAUAUUGUGCAAUUAAAGAGACAGGAUGAGCAGUGGCUUGAGCAAACGAAAAGUAUGACAGUUCCGGUUACAGAAACAAGUACAGUUCUCGGUGAUCUUCUACCUGUUACCACGUACAAUAUGAGGAUAAUCGCUGAAAAUUUAUUAGGCCAGAGUAAAUCCAGUGAACCAAUAACAGUUACCACUAAAGAAGAAGCACCAGCUGCUCCACCUUCUGACAUCCGAGCGGAACCAUUAAGUUCGACAUCCAUAAAAGUCUCAUGGAUGGCACCCCCGAAAGAAUUGAGAAGAGGUUCAAUCACCGGUUAUUAUUUGGGGUAUAAAGUUCUUCGGUCAUCAGACACAUAUACAUACAAAACACUGGAAUCGAGUGGUGACGUGCGUGAAGAAUAUCACCUCACAAAUCUUCGGAGGUUUACUCAGUACGUAAUCAGAUUACAGGCUUACAAUAAAGUUGGAAGUGGUCCACACUCAGAAGACAUAACAGUGCAAACACUAGAAUAUGAUCCUCCUGGAACGCCAAUACUAAGAAUCACCUUGAUUGCAGCAACAUCAGCAAAAUUGGAAUGGUCUGCUCCAGAUUCUACACCAAUUCAAGGAUACAUCCUAAACUACAGAGAAGACAAAGGGGAAUGGACAGAACACAGACUUCCUCCCGACAUUAACAACCAUAUUUUACAACCUUUACGUUGUGGUACUCGAUAUCAAGUCCAAAUCUCUUGCUUCAACAAAGCUGGAAAUGGAGAGCCUUCCGAUGCCUUACAGCUGAAGACCGAAGGCACAGCACCAGUUGCUCCAGACAAACAUUCCUUUUUAACAAUCAAUUCCACGUUCGUGACGUUAAGGCUUGAUUCCUGGCACAGUGGUGGUUGCCCAAUAUCCUACUUCGAAGUUAAAUAUAAACUUUUGUCCGAGGUGGAAUGGUUUUUGGUAUCCAAUAAUGUACUUCCAGAAACAGGGAAACUUUUGCUUUCUGAACUAACUCCAGGCACUUGGUAUAAUUUGAUGAUUUCUGCACAAAACGAUGCUGGUUCUACUGACGCUGAAUAUGUUUUCGCUACCCUCACUCUAUUUGGUGGUACUGUUGCGCCACCAUCCACUGUAAAUUCAUCAGAUAGGAAGUUUUUUAAGCACCUGAGUAUUAUUGUUCCUGUUGUGUGUGCUGUUGUUAUUGUGAUAGUUGUUACCAUAGUUAUUUGUGUUCUUCACACCAGGAGGAAUCCCCACAAUCGCGGGAGAGGACAUUACGAUCAUGGAGAUGGGCAAUCCCGUUCAAUCCAUAAAGGGGACACUCUGAGCAUGAGCGUUCUGGGUAAAAAGGGGCAUGGUGAGACUGCUUACGAAGUGCCUAAGGACUCCUUGUACUUUCCCUCGCCUUAUGCCACAACCCGUGUGCCCGGGUAUGCAGUAGAAGAUGGCAGCGAAUGUGACAGCCUCAGGUCGAGUACCAGAACUCCUAGUGAUCCACAGGGAAGCCAUACAUAUGAUGUACCGUUUCCAGUUAGAAGGCCGGAAUACGAGGAACAGUAUUCGCAAAUCAAGCGGGUUCCCCUUUCAUCAGUAUCAAGAACCAACGUCUAUCAAGCUCCUCGGUGUUGUGACAGCGAGAAACUUGUGUCUAGAUGGAUAGGUCGUCCGGCAUCGGAGCCCUGCACUUUUCAGCUGUCUCAAGACACAAGAAGGAGGGUGCAGGAAGAAGGUCACUGGUACCCUUCCCGGUACAGGACGACCACUGCCUCCUACCCUCAAGAACAACGAUUAGAAUGUUCAGAAGAUGAAAAUGAUUUUAAUGCUCUAAGGAUAAUAGGACAAGACGAAGAUGAAGAAGGUCCCGAAAUUUCAGAAACAGAAUGUGAUAGGGAGCUUAAUUUAUAUUCAAAAUCA